AUCGGCCUAGCAGGCGAGCUAAGUAGGUUGCUAGCGGCUAACUCAAGGAGGACCGAAUCGACCCACACCCUACAAGCAAGACACCUCGUGUGUUCAUGAUUAGUUUCCCUUCGUGGAAGGUAUUUCCAUCUGACAACCUGAGGGCACUGAGGUGGUGACGGGGUUAUGGUGAAAUACCCACACUGCUUAAGGCAAGCUUGUAGAGAAAGGAGGAACUUGGGUUGUCCAGCAACUUGCACAAAGAACCCAAGUGUGAAAGAAGAAAAGGAGCCAAAGAUCUUUUUGUUUGUUUGUUUGUUUGUUUGUUUUGGGGUUUUUGGUUUGUUUAUUUGAGGGGAAAAAAAGGUGUGAAAUGCAUCCAACCAUGUGACAUCCAAGCUCUACGUGGCUUUCUUUAGGAGACGCAGUAUGGGAAAAGAGCUCAAUCUGCAGAGAAUUUGGAGGUGGAAGACCCAAUUCCAGCAAAAAGUGGUGACACCUCGGUGACAUACACGGGACUUCCAUGUGGAAUGAGUUAGUUUUGUGCCCUUAACGACACAGAGACUGACAACAGGAGUCUCAGAAGAUCCAGGGGACUCCACUUGGUUUUUUGAGUUAUUUUCCUAGUAAAUAAAAGGCUAGACAUCUUUUUUUAUGAUUUUUAUUUUCUUUUUAAUAGCAGCUUUUUUGAAAACAAAUCCCAGCUGGCCUUUAGUUUGAUGUUAAGCGGCUUCCCACAACUGGUUUAAAACUGAAUUUGUUUGUUUAGUUGUUUUCCCCUGUGGACUAAGUUUGAAAUGCUGGAACUCUCCCUCCUGCCACUAUCCUCAGUUUCUUCCACCCACCCAGUGCCUAAAUAAGCCUUCUCGGGAGGAUCACAGAAGUCAUCAGCAGCUGCUGCGCUCAAUCCUCUGCCUGUUCUCCUCCAUGUGCUUCUGCUCUCGGCCUGUUGGCUGUACACCCACUACCUCUUACCUCUUUAAUUUUUCUGGUCUUUUCAUUUUCACUGAGCGGGAUAAUCAGAACUGAAGCCCAGUGAUGGAGCAUUAAUGUAAACCCUGAGCUGUUCCAGUGUUGUGUGCAUGAGUGCUGGUCCUUUCGCUUAUAUGCACAGCAGUGUUACGGUUGCACUGGUGCCAGGGAGUAACAGUAGAAGAUUAGAUUUAUUUAUAUUGUUGCACCAAAUACAGUUCCAUUAAAGCCAUACAAAAAUAUUUAUGAAUUACCUAUACAUAUUUUUGUAUCACACUGCUCUUGUAUAGUUUUGCUUUUAUAAGCUUCUAUUAAGAUUAUGCACACAAAUUAAAUAUUUACAACAAGCUGUACACAUAGCAGUUUGUAUAUUGCUAUGUAAAAAAAAAAAAAAAAAAAAGAUCACUCUGUUUUUAGUGAUUAUAUUAGUACUGGGAGACAUUUAGUUUCUGGACACAGAAAACCCCUCAUGUUUCCCUUUAUUUGCUGCUUUGCAUAGUGUUGGUUUUCUUUUCCAGUCAGUAGCUAUGGCCCCUCAUCCCAGACGAACACCACAUAUGCCAUUUUGACCUGGAAAGCACCCCUUUACAGCAGGUAGACAGUAGAUAGCUACCUCUCUCUGUCUUCCUCCACCCUCUCUCUAUCUCUGAUGCCUGGCUUCAGCAGUGGGGGGGUUGGGGGAGGAGUAGGUGGCGUUGCUUCUGCUCCUCCCCGUCCAUUUCGACCCAGCCGGUACGUCCCGGUGUCUGCAGCCACCACUUUCCUUGUCGGAGCCACGACGCUCUUCUUCUGCUUCACGUGCCCAUGGUUGUCAGAGCAUUUCUCCUCUGUCAUUCCUAUAUAUAAUGCCGUAAUCUUCCUCUUCACCCUCGCCAACUUCUGCAUGGCCACUUUUAUGGAUCCUGGAAUCUUUCCCAGAGCGGAGGAAGAUGAGGACAAAGAGGAUGAUUUCCGCGCUCCACUCUAUAAGACAGUGGAGAUCAAAGGCAUCCAGGUGCGCAUGAAGUGGUGCUCAACAUGCCGUUUCUACCGACCACCGCGCUGCUCGCACUGCUCAGUGUGCGACAACUGUGUGGAGGAUUUUGAUCACCACUGUCCUUGGGUGAACAACUGCAUUGGUCGGAGGAAUUAUCGUUAUUUCUUCCUAUUCUUACUUUCUCUCACAACCCACAUCAUGAACGUAUUUGGCUUUGGCUUGGUUUAUGUCCUGCACCACCAACAGGAGUUGGACACGCCAGGUGCUGCUGUUACUAUGGGUGUGAUGUGUGUGGCUGGCCUGUUUUUUGUCCCAGUCGCUGGUCUGACUGGGUUUCACAUAGUGCUGGUGGCUCGCGGUCGAACCACAAAUGAACAGGUGACAGGGAAGUUUCGGGGAGGCGUUAACCCUUUCACCAACGGCUGCUUGAGGAAUAUUACGCAUGUACUCUGCAGCUCCCAAGCCCCCAGAUACAUAGGCCGUUGGCGGGGCCGGCAGAUGGUGGAAGUUCAGCCACCUUUUCUUAGACCUGCUCUCACUGAAGCUCAACUAGAAGCUAAAGUCUUGGACAACGGCAUCCAGAAUGACCGACAUAGCACUAGGUCCAAGAGUAGUCUAGAUCAGAUGGAGAGCCAGUCAGCGGAUGCAGAGGCUCCACCUCCUCCAAAGCCAGAGCUUCGCUACCCUGGCCUUCCCCGUGCUGACACAGAGGAGAGCAGCUUGCUGACUGAAGCACCACCUACGCCAUCAAUGUAUAAGUACCGGCCAACCUACAACAGCCCAGGGAGAAACCACACUGCACUCACACAUCCCAACAAGAUGAUCCGUGGAGAGAGUCUUGACUCUCCAUCUCCUUCCAUCCUGCAGUCCAGCCGCCAACCUAGCUACCGCUCUGAGCCGAGCAGCUUGGAUGGAACCACAGUGGUGGGGGGAGGUGUAGGGGUGCGCAGAGGGGGAGGGGAAAGGGGCGAGGGCCCCGGAGGCCCUGGCGGGACUGCUGGUGGGGUGUUAGGGGGCAUGUCAGGUUACUCCCUGACUGGGCGCUCCUACACCUCCUACCCAUCCUCUCUGGUUCUGUCCACUGGUGGCUCACACUCCUCCAGCCUGCGCUCAGCACACACUGCACAUAACCCGCUGGCCACGCUCCAUUCAGAGGGCACCACAGACACCAGCUACAAAAGCCUGGCCAAUCAGACACCUCGGAAUGGCAGCCUGUCCUAUGACAGCCUGCUGACACCAUCCGAGAGCCCAGAGUUCGAGUCAGCCGCCCACGAGCUGUCACCACAGAAGCCUCAUGCUCCAUUUCCCUCUUCAGCUGUAAGGGGCCAGACUGAGGUGGUGUCACCCAGUACUCCGCUGCAGGGCUACACGUCGCCCUUUCUCUCAGCUCAGAUUGCCCAGCAGAGGGAGGGGCAGCUGCUCCAGGGCUCUGCCACUUUCUCCUCCCCCCACAAGGCCUACCUGCGUGCUGUCAGCCCUCCCCUUCCCUCCUCCGCUGGGCCACUUGAGACCCACCACCUGCUUCAGCAUAACCAGGACUUCUCUUCCCGUCCCCCUCGUAACCCUUCCUCCUCAUCCUCUUCUCCUGGGGCUCGAUCGCUCGAGCCCCCUGUCUCCCCGCCUCCUCGUGGCCUCUCCCUAGGCAAGUCCCUGCCUUACAAUAUGGAGGCAGGGCCUCAGCACAAGCCUCGACUUGCAGGAGGCGGCGCUGUGCUGGGAGGGGGAGGAGGGCAACAGGCUACACAAUCCACCUCUCGCCCAGUCUUGGCUAAUCACACCACAUCCAAACCAGGGGGAGGGGUGAAGAAGGUAACCGGCGUCGGAGGGACCACAUAUGAGAUAUCGGUUUAAGUGACAAACAUCCCACAUGAUCUGCCACAAGGAUGGGAGAAAGUCACUGGACAACUUCCACUUGUCUUUUACCCGAGCUGGAUAUUAUUCAUGACUGCAGGCUCCUGCUACGCUGGACUAAGGGAGCAGGCCUGUUUGGUACUCACUUUAUUAUCUUUGUAAUGCCACUGGCCAGUCUUCUCUGCCAGCCUUUCAGAUUUGAACAAAGAGUAACUGGGGACACUGGUUCAUUUUUCACAGGGAUCAAUCGUCUCCAUUUAGCCACUUUGUGAGCCAUAGACUGAUGCGACUGUAUCAUCACGGCUGGGUACAGAUUUGUCUAUAGAGCACGCAUAGCUAGUCAAUGAUUUGCCAUUUUACUUUGGUACAUUAGCACACAGAGUAUUGACAACAGUGUCUGACACUCAUAGAAAGGAUGGCCUUUAUCCAGUGGAUGUAAAACUUUAAGAGGGAGGAUUUCGGACUGUUGACCAAUAAUAAUGUCUGAACGGACCACACAAUCUGUAUAUUGAUAAGAAUCAUGGAGUAAAGAGUCCAAUCUAUAAAGACAGUAUCAUUUUAGUUUUAUAAGUCUUUUUUUAAAUAUUGUUUUAUAUAAAUGUAUACAGAUUAUUAUUGGGUGAAAUUGUCAGGUAUUGGAGAUGACUAUUGAUAACGGUGGCAGUUAUACUGUAUGUAAUUAUUCAUGAAAGCGAUUUAAAAAUCAGUUGCCUGUUAAGAAAUGAUGGCUGCAUCAGCUAUUCAAAGUUUUUGCUGGAGUUUUCACUGUCCAAAGAAGAUGAUGAUGAUGAUCCUUUGGUGGACACCUGAAGUGGCAAAAAAUUACAGGUUAUUUUUUUUCUAUUCUUUCUUAAAAGCCACAAAGAAAUGUUAAUUCUCACAAUCGCAGCACAAGCAUCUUUGUGGAAUGUACGCUUGUAAUGUUUAUGCUAGAGACAUUAUGCAAAAUCUGUUUGUAGCUUUAAGAUCAUCGUAUGACUUUUUGGUGUUUUUAUUCUCUUCUUUUCUUUCUGAGAGGUUUUUGUCUGUCAGUCAAUCAAGAUGCUAGCAACCUUAUACCUUUAACAGAUGGCCAGCCAAAUAGGAGCAGCGGGGAAGGGCUUAUUUAUUUCACCAGUGGAAAGAAACUUUGUAGUUCUGUACAUGAUUUCAAACCAGUCCCAGAUAGUGGUGUUUUUUUUUUUUUUU